UAUCAAACAAAAUAAGACACCUAGCUAAUCCACAUGCUCAAUACAUAUUCUCACUCUCUUUCUCUCUAAAACAAAAACAAUGCCAAGAGUCAUGUGGAAAAACUUCCAUCUUUGCUUCCCAUCAAAUCUCACCACGCCCUCUUCAUCUCCGUCCGAUCCCACCUCCGACGAUCCCAACCGCCCAUCCAUUCUUCUCAUCAACAACUUCAACCUCCUCUACGACGACUCCUCCACCGCCCACCGCCGCCGCCUAUCCAAGCCUCUCAUCGACGACGUUGAACCCUCUUCCACCUUCACCGCCUCCACCUUCACCGCAGCUAACUCUUCUUCCUCCUCGGCCUCCUACGAUGACUCCGAUAAUUACGGUUUUGCCCCUGACGACGACUCUCCCCCUCCUGACUUAACCGCCGUUUUAGCCUCCCGUCGCUUCUUCUUCUCUUCUCCUGGUCGCUCCAACUCAAUCACUGACUCGCCGGAUCUCCGCUGCCGCGAUAAUUACGAUACUGCCACGACUGCUACUAGGCUUCUCACUGGAGGAACAGCCGUGAAACAAUACGUGCAAUCUCCUGAUCCUUACAACGACUUCCGACGAUCAAUGCAGGAGAUGCUCGACGCCGUUACAAACGCCGGAGAUCUUCGCCGUUACGAGUUCUUGCACGAGCUGUUACUCAGUUACCUCUCUUUGAAUGCCGCUGAUACACACAAGUUCAUUAUCAGAGCUUUCGCCGACAUUCUCGUCUCUCUCUUAUCGGACGGUCAUCGGAUCAGCUGACGUCGCAUAUAUUUAAUUACGCUGCCGUAUAAACUCAUGUUAUUUAC